CUCUCUCAAAAGAAGGGGCGUGUCUCCCUCCAAUGUGUUGUAUAAUCGUUGUCGAUCCAUGUCCAUGCUGCUGGAGUCCACACCUGCUAAAAAGAAGAGCAGGCCGUAUUACUCUAAAGCAGAGACAGGCGGCACAGAAAGAUGGCGGCUGCCUUGCUGAGAACAGGACGACUUUGCUCUGUGAAGGUCAAAUGGACCCAAUCCAGAAACUCUUCUUGGACUCCAUACGCGAGUACUCCACAAAAAGCCGGUCGAACAGGGUGCCGGCGGUGCUUCGUUGAAAACUUCCAGGAGGCAAUUUCCCACUUUUGCACCAAAACACAUCAGAGCACUUCGUCAGAAGACCCUGCGUCUGAGUCCUGCCUGCCUGCCUCCUUCAACCUGCACCAGCCCGAUUGUGACAGAAUGACGCGACCAUGGAAGGACUCAGCAGGGUUCGAUUGGGUACACCCAAUAUUGGGAGCCCGAGUCACCUUCGUGGGCUUCCGCAGGAAUCCAAGGGUGGUUUGGCGCGGCGCUUGCCCCCCUGCCACUCACGAGCCCCAGUUCCCGGACCUUGGGACCCGACCGCUGCGGCGCCGUCCAAAACGUCCGUCUCCGCCCGUCCCGGUUCCAAGACACCCGUCCCAGCCCGAGUGGGCCCCCAGACCCCCCCCCCAGCCCGAGUGGGCCCCCAGACGCCCGUCCCCAACCGUUCCGGCCCCCAGACGCCCGUCCCCGCCCGUUCCGGCCCCCAGACUCCAGUCUCCGCCCGUUCCGGCCCCCAGACUCCAGUCUCCGCCCGUUCCAGCCCCCAGACUCCUGUCUCCGCCCGUUCCGGCCCCCAGACUCCUGUCUCCGCCCGUUCCGGCCCCCAGACUCCAGUCUCCGCCCGUCCCGGCCCCCAGACUCCAGUCUCCGCCCGUCCCGGCCCCCAGACUCCAGUCUCCGCCCGUCCCGGCCCCCAGACUCCAGUCUCCGCCCGUCCCGGCCCCCAGACUCCAGUCUCCGCCCGUUCCGGCCCCGUCUCCAGCCCCCCGACGCCUGUCUCCGCCCGUCCCGUCUCCAGCCCCGUCCCCACAGCCCCUGAUCGUGCCCCCUCCCUCCCAUCCCUUGGUCCUCUCCUCCCCACCCCUGGGGGCCGUCUGGGAUCCGGCCCUUGAGGGGGGGGUGGGGUCAGGGGUUGGGCUGCCACGGCAGAGCUCGGCGGCCUCCACCACGACGACGCCGCCGCCGCUGCAGAACCCGGCGGUUCCCGCCACGACGCCGCCGCCGCUGCAGAGCCCGGCAGCCCUGGCCCGGCGGCCCCCGAGACCCUGAGGCCCGGCCCUGGCCCGGCGGCCCCCGAGACCCUGAGGCCCGGCCGCCGCUGCGGCAGGCCCCCCGAGACCCUGAGGCUCGGCCGCUGUUCCGGCCGGCCCCCCGAAGGACACAACACAUGGCCACCAUCCCCUAGAGUUCCCCGCGCGGCCUUGAUCGUCGGGUCCCCACCCUCCCUCCCCUUUGUCUGAUUUUUUCCGGUUCUGUCCCCCUUGAGGACUGUCUGGAAUUCGGUCCUUGAGGGGGGGGUUCUGUCACGGUUUGGUCUCUCUUCCUGUUUUAGUUUGAAGUUUCAUGUUCCUUGUGGUCCUGGGUUAACUUCACUUCCUGCCUUGUCUUGUGAUUGCUUGAGUGUUUCCACCUGUGUCCAAUCACCUGCACCUCCCUUGUGUAUUUAAGGCCUGUGUGCCAGUUGUUCUUUGUCGCGUCAUUGUUUGAUGUCUCUCGUCGUUGGUGCACGUUCUUUGGUUUUUGUUUUGAAUAAAGAGCACUUCGUCAGAAGACCCUGCGUCUGAGUCCUGCCUGCCUGCCUCCUUUAACCUGCACCAGCCCGAUUGUGACAGUGCGUCAAGCUAAAGGAGCAAGCACCCAAAACACCUUCGGCUUCGGAUUGUAGCCAUAUCCAAUAAUAACGGGGCUUUGCUAAAUAGCAGUCUGUUGCAUUCGUUACCAACCCAAUUCAGGCCUGUGCAUCUGUCCACAGCUCCAGAGAUCAUUCUGAGGGGUCACAUGACAGGUAGCAUGCUAGCAAAGAAGAAAUGAAAAUGAUUUGAUCUCUUCAUUUCUCUCGUUUUGUGAGAUCAGGAAAAAAAGUAAAAUAUUCUAGUCAAAACAAUUAAAUAUUUAUAUUAUUUAACAACUUUGUGUUACUGCCAAAAUUGUACUUGCAAAAGUUGUUGCAUGUAUUUACAUGAUUUUGUCUCUAAAUGUUUGAAAAAGUAACAUGUGAAUAUUGUCCUGCUUUUAUUAUUUAUAUGAUAAUGCUAAAUGUACGAAAACUUUAGACUUUAGAAUUGGAACACUACUCGUGCUGCGACUGAUGACGUUACACGAGUCCACGAGAACAUAAGUCCACAAAAUAACGCAUAUUGAGAAACGCCCAUCUUUCCAUGACCACGUGACAUUUUCCACAUAGGUCAAGGAAAGUGUUUAUGAAUAGACGUCAGGAGGAAUCCCGCCCAUCAAAAGACCGUGAGCACAAAGAGAGAGGCUUUAUAAUUGUCCUCCAUAUCUGAUUGGCUGAAAUGCCCGGAGUGUGCGCCAGUACCGGGGUGCUCUGGAGGCAGGGCCAGCCAAUACUCCGCCCCUCACCUGCAGGACAAAAAAAAGGUGAAAGCAAGAGAGAGACACACGUCUCUACACGUAACAGUGAUGUUUAUGCAUUUAACUUAAAAGAACACCACACUGAUUAUCAGCCUCUUGAUGUUUGAGUAACAAGAAGACAAACGGUAUGUGUGUGUGGAAUGUGUUACUAUCCAUUAAAAUAUUCACUGUGUAUUUUUUGUUACUGUAUCCAACCUUCUCCUAAAAUGAAAACAGCCAAUACAGUGUGUAAUCCAGUAAAGUUCAGCAGCACCACAAAUUACAGCUGCUUCAUCUGCUUUAAAAAGAUGUUGGACUGUAUAACAACUCUGGUCUGAUCCAUUGAGAUAUUUUGUUUAAUUAUUUUAUGACUGAUUAUAUAUAUCUGGUGCUCAAUAUUAUAUAUAACAUUUCUAAUUUUAAAUGAAAAUGAAACAAAAGCUUGUUAAUAGUAAAA